AUGAAUACGCAGCUAGGUGUGCCCCAUCCGGCACCUCCGAGUCACGGUCAUGGGUUGUCUUACUACGGCCCAUAUGAGCCCACUAGCUAUGAGCCCGAAGCACAAAACUUAUUACCUCAGUAUGUUACAAACGCUGAGGGUCAGAGCUGGACGGCACUCCACGAUACGAGAUCGCUGCCAGAGGUUGCAGAUCCUUACCUAGGUCAAAACCCCCAAGUGCUGUUGCCCUACGACACCUUCGGGUCCGGUACCUAUGAGCCUGGGGCGCAAGCGUUCCUACCUCAGCAUCGCUUUGAGGAGCAGAACCUGUCGGUGCUCCGUAGACUGUGGGGAUCAUCAUCGGAGGUUGCAGGUCCUCGUCUAGUUCAAUACCCCAAGCUGUUGCCCUACCCUAAUUCUGGGUUCACUAGCUACGAGCUCGAAGUACAAGACCUCUUGUCUCAGUAUGCCGCAUACUCUGAAGGACAAACCUGGCCGGCACUCUGCGAUCCGUGGGUUACGCAAACGCUGCCAGAGGAAGCGGGUCCUCACCUCGGACAACCCCCUCAAGACCCGUCGCCCUAUGGCACCGAGUCUACUAGCUAUGUGCCCGGUGCACAUGACAUUUUACCUCAGCCUGAGCACAGCUCAUACUCUGAGGAGCAGACCUGGCCGGGUUCUUCAUCCAGACACGACCAAUUACCGCCUCCCCCCAUGGUGCAGGGCCGCCAAAACAGAGUGAUGUGCGCACACCCGGGUGCGGCAUAUUCCUUGAGAAGGAAAACCUCACUCGCCACAUCAAUGAGGUACACGAGCGGAAGAUUAAGGCUCGUUGUGACUAUUGUGGAAGAGGGUUUACGCGCCCGUAUUUGA